CACAUUGUACUUUUGAAUGUGUCUGCAGAGGCUCAUGACACACACGCGAGCAUGCAGAAAAUCAUUACAGCUAUGAUGCAGGAACACACAUGUGCGAUGAGUGGUGAGGAGAGGCGUCCUUGACAUGUUUGAGUUUCAUUAACUUGGUGCUGUUGGUCUGAUGGUGGACUUUGGACCUGGAGGAACGGAGAGAAGAGAGGAGAGGAGAAGCACAACUCUUUAAUAAGCAGGAGAGGAAGAAUGGGAUAGAGGCAAACUUCUAGCUGAGGACAUGGACUGAGAAGUAUACCAGAUGGACAUGGGCAAAGAGCGACUCACACGGGGACUGCUGCUGCGUCUGGGUGUCCUGCUCACAGCUGUGUGUGUGUGCGUUCAUGUGUACCUGGAAACAGGUUGGCGAGGAGCACCUGCACCCCUGGGACGUCCCACCCAGUCCAGUCAGAACAGGGGCCAACAAAGCCGAACCAAACCGGCAACAGAAGACCAGGACAGAAGCCUUAAAAGAAGAGUCUCAUAUGUCCGAACACUCAAGAAGGACGGCCAAGUUAAGAAGAAGGAUGAAGACAGAGAGGAGCCCUCGCCGCCCUGCUGCCCACCUCUCCGCCCGCACAGAAAGACUCCUCGGUGGCAUAUAGACUUAGAGCCCUGGGCCAGUGUGAGUCAUUCUCUGGAGGAUGAAGCUAAAAGGUUCCUCGACUACAUCACAACACCACAAGUGUCAUGUGCAUCAUUGGCCGGUGGGGAAGCUGCUCAGGAGGGGACCAAAGGAGGCUGGGCUGCGUGUCUGGACCCCAAGUACAGCCUGACCCACAGAAUACAAAGCAAACACUGCAGGGUUUACUCUUUCGGGUUGGGUGUGGAUGAUCGGUCCCUGGAGCGCUCUCUUGCAAAGGCAGGAUGUGAGGUCCACUGCUUUGAUCCCAGUCUGAAGCAGCCUCACCUGCAGCAUGCUGAAAUGUGGCUCCAUCGACUCUCUGUAGACUGGAGGGAUCCCAACCCGGCUAUCGUUGCCCAGCGUCAGUACGCCAACACCAAGAAACUGGCCACCAUCCUUAAUGACUUUGGACACAGACAGGUGGAUGUACUGAAGGCGGAUAUGGAGAGCGCAGAGUGGAAGAUUCUGGAGAACUUGGUUCUUGAAGGAGUUCUGGACUCGGUGGGUCAGCUGUUGCUGGAGCUUCACCUGCACUGGGCAGGCUUUGAGGUGGGCGGAGACGACCCAUCUGUGGUGCGGUACUGGUUCAGCGUGCUCAAGGAGCUCGAGCAUGCCAACUUCCGCCUCUUCCACGUCCACAGCGACCCAGCCAAGCCUCGUCUCUUCCUGCAUAAGAACGUCCUCAACGCCAGCAGUGCUUACACCCUGAGCUGGGUGAACACAGAGUGGAAGCCCUGAGGGAAUCCAGACUGAGUGACUGCACCGAAAAGAGCCGUUAUCUCGGCCAGAGCAGCUUCUGAAUGGAAAUGUACGAGUUUGUGUAACACAGAGUUUGAAGUCGGAGCACAUAUUCUUGCUAGAUCACAGCUGUACAACCACAAACUGCUCUUAUCUAGCCUGACCUUUUUGCAAAGCAGAAAUCCCUGCUCCUACUUAUCCUCCUGCUCUUCCUCUCCUGGCCUGUAAUGACCUCAGCCGUGUAGAGAGGGGGGUGACGUAAUUGCCUCCAGAGGCUCCCUGUGUUCUACCUCAUAGUGGUGGUGGUGUUGGCUGCAGGUCAGCGUCUGAGUCACAGCCACCCCUGUCAUCAUGGUCCUAUAUGAGCUUGGCUCACAGCCGGCCUGAUAUUAGACAACUUUUACAGAUUACAAUAGGCUGCACGGACCCUCAGACCACACCUCUUAAAUGUUCAGUGUCGAGGAUUUAGGGGGAUAUAUUGGCAGAAAUGGAAUAUUAAAUAAUUAUUGUUUUCUCUGGUAUGUAAUCAAGCUAAAAUAAGUCUUUUCGUUAGCUAAGAAUGAGCCGUUUAUAUCUACAUAGGAAGUGGUACUCCAUGGAGAUCGCUGUGUUGCUACAAUAUCCCAGAACAAACCAACUAAACACUGGCUCUAGAUAGGGCCAUUCGCAUUUCGUGUCGGCCACUGCAGGUAGCAGCCCUCUCUGCUUUAUUGAGUGUUUUUACUGGUUUAAAUCACUGGGUCCGUUUUAAGGCUGCCCCCCAAUGGUUGACCAAAUGUUAGUCAAAUCAGAAAGGUCAUAAGUUGGCAAGAUUUCAAUGGUCACUUAGUCGCAGAA